AUGACACCAAGACAACCACCAUCAGAUGCGCAUUACAAAGCACCAUAUGAAGCCCUCCAUGGCUACCACGCAAUUUUGGACAAGACGGUGGAACUUUUACCCGACGAGAUCCUGCACCAUCUCCGCGGGUGGCGGGAAUACAUCCAUCGAUUAGCCAUAUACCGUCAAGAUAACAACUCACCCGAAAUAAGAGAAAUCCCACACCUUGACAAGCGCGAAGCACUGGGGUUCAGAAAUAAGACAGUUCUUAUUUAUGUCCUGAAUGGGGGUGGUAUUGGAGGACUAUGGGAGCCAGUUCUACAUAACUAUCUCUAUCGCCGAUGGUUUCAACCAUAUCUCUCGGAUAUCGAUCAUGGCGAAUAUAUGGCAAUAUUAAUGAAGCCCUUUGAUCAGCCUCCGACAUCCAAUGAUGAUUCUGCCGUCAGUCAUGUGUCAGACAUUCAUUCCAUGAUCAACCGUCGGCUUGACUCCCUCGAACCCGAAACACCGCCACUUUAUACCACUCGUCCUCUGUUCAGGGCAUUCUUUAUAGCCAUCCCAGGCCGGAAUUGGGGUGGCUGCGCUACUCUGGAAAACAUCGCGUCUUUAAAAGUCCUAAUUGUUCUCACUGGACAGACAAAAGGACUCAGCGCACCGAUUUCUUUCGCCUCUAUCGCGGACAAGUCUGAGGCUAGGACUUUAAAUGGUCUGGAAGCCGUUGAAGCCGACCUCGAGACAGCCGUUGACUUUGUAAUGGACCUAGAACAUCGGGAAGAAGAUGUUUUUGGUCUUCAACCUGAUCCGGUUGCUGCAUCGAGAGGUACGCGUCCAUUUACUCAGGAGCCGCUUUAUGAGUGGGAGCAAUACGUGGCGGGAAAACUGGGAUGGAAAGGCGGAAAGAUUGUUGGGCCGAGUUCGCGUUGGGUAGACAUGAACAUGUAUAUACCUUGGACGGGGCUUGGAGCGCAGGUUGAUGCGGUCAUGAUGAAUAACCAGGUAAGGGUCAUGUGGAACUGGCAUCGGCGAAAUUGCAGGUGUGAGAAGAAGGAGUGGGUGUUUGUUGAUGAAGAUACAUCUCAGGAUGAAAGCAGAGUCACCAGGGAGUAA